GGAGAGUCACUGAGAUGGAGAAGCUUUCACACACACAUGAUCACAUCCAUUUCCUCCAGUCUGUCUCUGUCUUACCUGAACGUGACGACACAUCCAGCAUCUCUGUCCAUCAACGUCUCUCAUUUGACGGAGUGAGGAAUUAUCUCUCACACAUAAAAAAGCAAUUCUUCAACAAAAUCCCUUCAUAUGCGGUGUGGAUGAACUUACCUUCAGAGCCGAGGACUCGAGAAGAUUUUAUAGAAAAUUUCUGUUACCUGAGUCUGGAUCCCAACACGGCACACGGUUACCUCCGUCUGUGUGAGAAGGACAGAGCGGUGAGACGCAGUAAGAAAGACAAGCCGUACCCUCGUCACCCUGACAGGUUUAACUCCAGCGUUCAGGUGUUGAGUAAGGAGAGUGUGUGUGGACGCGGUUACUGGGAGGUGGAGUGGAGCGGUGAUGGAUGUGUGUACAUCUCAGUCUCAUAUAAAGGGGUCAAUAAAAAAGAGGAAUCCAGACACUCUGUGUUUGGAUACAACGAUGAGUCCUGGAGUCUGGUGUGUUCUCGGCGUCCUCUCCUUUUCUAUCACAACGGCAUUAAGACCGAGUUCGGUGUUCCUUCUCCGUCCAGAAUAGGAGUGUAUGUGGAUCACAGUGCAGGAACUCUGUCCUUCUACAGCGUCUCUGACACCAUGAAGCUCCUCCACAGAGUCCACACCACAUUCACUGAGCCUCUAUACGCCGGGUUCGCUGUGUGGACUCCUGAAACUCUCGUCAGGUUUGCAGAUCCACUGGUGACAAACCAACCCAUUCUAUAGUAACGACUCAGGAGUGUUUCUCCCAGGGGUUACAACUGGAAUACUGAAAACGAAGAGCUCCAACAUUAUGAUUCAGGGGAAAUCAUUCAAUUCGUAAUAUAAUAAAUCUGAUACAAUAUCAACAAUAUUUAUUCAAGACAAACCGUCAGGCUGAAGGGAAAUUUUCCAGCAAAAACGUUGAAAACGUUUUGGUUUCUGGAGGCGUCAAGUGUCCUUUAGAGCCCUCUAGCGGUCAGGAAGUAUAAAGCAAUAUGUUUAAAUGAUGGUUAUUUAGAAAAAUUCUAAUAAAUCAGGAUUUUUUUUAAAAGAAAUGAAAAAGUGAACUUUGUGUGAAACUUCUCUUUAUUUUAGUUUUUUUUGCGCUAAAAUCUUAUUUUAAUUUUAACCCACCUUCAGAGCCGAAGAUGCAC